AUGGUGUUCUUUUUUGCAAAUAAACAAAUUAUCAUACUUACAAGAGUAUACGAAUUAUUUGCGCAAUUGCUACAAAUAACCAACCUUGACUUGGUGAUUUGCUAUAUUGGCAUCACUAGGGCCCAAAACCAAACCAAAUUACCCCAAAAUUGUUCAGCUAUCGAAUUUUGCAUGUUCCCGACUGAUUUAGCCUGUAUUAGUGCAUUUACAAUUGCACAGAACAGAAGUCUUGUGGAUAACGCAAAUGAAAUUAUCCAGGGGUCAGAAGAACCCUAUAAAAACAAAAAGGCUGGAGGGAUUGGACUGAAAGUUUGGAAAUCAUUUAAAAAAAAAAACAUUCAAAUGAACACUGAACAACAUGGAUAUUCAGUCAACCAUGACCAUAUCAAUAUGAUUCAUUGGUUGAUAGAACAGUAUACAGUAAAAGGCCGAACGCCAAAUACAUUGAAAUUGCGAACGAGGCAGGUUCAGGGUAUUUCGUUCGCCCUUGGUUAAUGGAGACUUUGAGCAAUGCGUAUAAAAUCGAAACGUCAACCUGACGUAUAGAUCGCCCUAUACAA